GGUGGCUGUGCUACAACACAGGCCACUAAUCCGCUUGUCUUCGCCAUGCAGGUUUUUGCUUCGUUCAUCUCCCACGUGCUGUUCCCUACACUGCUGACGGCUCUCUCGGACGACAGUCCGGGAUGUGCACUCCUCUCGCAUAGACACAGCGUGAAUGGCUACUAUCUGCCGUCCGUCAGUGAGUCAUCACGUCUGGCUGCGCCGCCACUGGAGCACUGGAUCCUCGACCAAGCAUGGAAGGCACAAUCGACACCGACACGUCUAGACGCCGCACCUAUAAAGCAGCGACGACCACCGGCGGCGCUCUGUGGCCUCGGUGGCUGUGCUAGAACACAGGCCACUAAUCCGCUUGUCUUCGCCAUGCAGGUUGGUAAACCGUAUGGUCUUUUUGCUAAGAAAUCUAGCAACUACUUUUUGGUGCAGCUGCCGAGCCCGCAGUGUUGCCUUGCCAUCUGUGCUGAAUGCGUUCAUGUUGUCCGUUUUUUACUGCUGCUGUCAGGCGACGUAGAGACAAACCCAGGGCCUGACAAUGCCGUGCUUGUUGAACUGCAAAAACUGUCUACCGGUCAGUCUCAAUUACUUGCUGAGGUACAAGGCCUCAAAUUCCAACUCCAAACAACCGACAAAACAAUGUCUGAACUCAGCAAGCGAAUGGCCGAACUAGAAGGCCAUUACCAAAGCCUUGCAACUGUGCGAACUGAACUAGAGACAACCCGAGCCGACACCGCCCAGACGGCUCGCCAGGUCUGUGACCUGGAGGCUUGUGUGGACGAUGCCGAGAAUCGCUCCCGCCGAAACAACAUGAUUUUCUAUGGUCUUCCUGAUCCCACUGCCUCAGAAACGUUUGCCCAGUCGGAACAGAGAGUCAUUCGCCUCUGUUUUGAUCUCUUCAACGUCACUUUGGACCCUAAAGAAAUAGAACGUACACAUCGCCUCGGGCGUUAUACAGCUAACCAGUGCCGCCCAAUAAUUGUAAAGUUCGCCUUCUUCAAAACCAAAGAGUUCAUCCUUUCAAAUGGCCCAAAGUUGAAGGGCACAAAUUACAGCAUUGGCGAGGACUUCUCUCGUCCUGUUCGUAACGCUCGAAGGCACCUUGUUGCUUUUGCUAAAACCAAAUCUGCCGCGUUUUCUCUCCGCUACAAAACCCUGUUCAUCGGUUCUAAACGCUAUAUUUUUUAUGAGGCAACAAAAACUGUAAAAGAAAUAGCAUAGCGAUCACCCCGCUAUCAGCGAGUAAAAGAACACCUUCAGACUACUGCCCCAACAAAUCUUUCUUUUUCUGCAAUCUUUACUAACAUACGUAGUUUCCUUCAGAAGUGCGAACUCGCGUCCAAU